AUGGCGUUUAACGUGGAUUCUGUUCGACAAAAAUAUGAGAAUGGUUUUUGGAAGGUGUAUAAGUUUGUCGAGGAGCACAAUCAUGAACUUGUUGAACGUCCUGAUAAGCAUUUUCUUCCAACUGAACGACACCUCACUCAGCUCCAGAAGCAUGUUAUACACAGCAUGUCUAAGCUGAAUUUGGGUCCUGUCAAGGCGUUUAAUGUUAGGAAGACUUGUUUUGGCGGUUUUGAAGACGUGGGCGCAAGAAAAGUUGAAUUUAAGAACUAUAAGAGAUACUCUAUGGUGUUUGUACCGUUCACUGGUAUAGACAAUCAUCACUGCAAUGUUACAUUUGGUGCAGCAUUGUUGGCGUCGGAAACUGAUGAUACGUAUAUCUGGUUGUUAAGAGUUUUUCUUAAAGCUGUUGGUUCUCAACCAAAAGUUGUUGUCACUGACCAAGAUCCAGCGAUGAAGAAGGCUAUUUCUGCUGUAUUUGUUGACAUGAGGCAUCGGUUAUGCAUGUGGCAUGUGAUGCAUAAACUUUCUCUGAAGGUUGAUGUUAGGCUAUGCAAUUCCACCAAUUUUAAAGAACGUAUCUGUGGUGUUGUGUGGACGGAUAUUCUCACACCUGAAGAGUUUGAAUCAGAAUGGGAAAUGGUUAUUGCAGAAUUCAAUUUAGAAGAUAAUGACUAG